AAUCAGUCCCUUUCUCAGCAGCUAUAAGUACAGCAAAGAGGGGAUCAAACUCUGACACAAACCAGAAAAAUAAGACCCUUCUUUACACCUAACAGCUCUAUGAAUUCCAUCUUUUUUAAUUCCUCAAAAGACUUCUAAUGUUUCUCUCUCCAAUGGUUUAUUACUCUGUUUACCUCCUACUCCUAGACUCUGUUUCUCACAUUGCAAUUCACAUCUCAAUGCCCAAGAAUUCUCAUCUUUGAAUUCAAUUUCUCUUCAAUUCUUCACUGGUUUUCGUCCCAAUCAUUCUGAUUUCACAUCAACUUAGACCUUAGUCUUCACCCAUUUCCAGAUUUUCUCUCUGAAACCAUUUGCCUCAACACCGUUUGCAUUUUCAGAGGAAAAGGGACCAUUUUUUAAGCACCCUUUUUCCUCCUCUGUUUUCCCCUGUUCCAAUUUUCCUGGAAAAUUACAACUCAGACGGAAAAUAUACCCGAAACAUGGCAGGAAUGCGAGAAAACAACAUCCCAUUAUUGUCUGAUGGUGCCGACAUUCGUUCUUCUCUAUCCAAUCUCAUACUAGCUGGAGGCACGAACACCUUAGAUUCAAUCUUCUCUCAUUGCUCGCCAUUAACCCCCAUAACCAACCCUGUUUUGGGGCCCUUAGGCUCAUCAGUGUACCUCCAACAACGAGAUUUACUCAGAAAAUUCCACGAAGAAAACAGCGUAAACAGCACAGUUUUGGGGACUUCGAAGAUCAACCCACUUCAAAACUCCGCAUACACAAACACUUACAUGAGUCCCAUGAAGAAAAAGCUAUACAGGGGAGUGAGACAGAGGCAUUGGGGCAAAUGGGUGGCAGAGAUUAGGCUGCCUCAGAACAGAAUGAGAGUUUGGUUGGGUACAUAUGAGACUGCCGAGGCUGCAGCUUUUGCUUACGAUCGUGCAGCCUAUAAGCUUCGCGGCGAAUAUGCACGCUUGAAUUUUCCCAAUCUUCGGGAUGCUAGUACGCUUGGAUUUGUUGAUUGCGCGAGAUUGAAUGCUUUGAAGAGUGCCGUGGAUGCCAAGAUUCAAGCAAUUUGCCAAAAGGUGAGAAGAGAGAGAGCUAACAAGAGUGUUAAAAAAAGUGCUUGUUUCGGUGGCAGUAAUGGUAAUGAGAGUCAUAAAUUGUUGAAGGCAUCUGCGUCCUCGUCUUCUUCAUUCGUUGGUAAUGGCACUUGGAGUAACAAUGAAAUGGUAUCGCCGAGUGCUUCUGAAGAUGGUUUUUUGAAGGGUGAGAAUUCGUCCUACUCUGUUUCCAGCGAGUGUCCGAUGGUGACGGAGGAAUUGGAUCUCCAAGACUGCUCGUUGGAACGCAUGCCUUCUUAUGAUCCUGAGUUGAUUUGGGAAGUUCUAGCCAAUUAGAAGACCAAAUUGGAUAGCUUUAAUGAAGACUACCUAAUGCAUAUUUUUUUUUUUUUUAGUGUACUUUUUUGGUAUGAGUAAAGGUAAUUUAGGUUGAUUUUGCUACCCUAAUUCGUUCUUACUUCGAUGGGCACUAAGAAUGUUCUUGCGGUUGUUUUCUAGGCACAUUCAAAGUGAUAUUAGAUGAGAAAUCUUUAACGUUGUGUUCGCUUGCAUGAAA